GUACAUAGCACGUUUAGUAGCCAGUUUCCAGUGUGCGUUGCUAGUUUUUUUUGGGCCGAAUUCAGCCUGAAUCCAGAGUGAAACGCAAGUGAAGUGACCAAACAGGAAUUCUAUUUUCGAACUGGUAAACUCGUCUUGUCCACCAGAAAGGACAUUGAAACGUGCUCAGUGUGAAGGUGUCGCAGAUAAAGAGAUUUGAAAGAGUAAUAACCCAAGACUGUUCAAAUUACCAAGUGACAGAAAUCUUAAUUAUCUUAAUCGGUAACUCAAUUUCAGAAUGGGUUCCCUGCCACAGUUGUCGAUUGUUAAGGGCCUGCAGCAGGACUUCGUGCCCAGAGCUCUGCACCGCAUCUUUGAGGAGCAGCAGCUGAGGCAUUCCGACAAGGUGGCUCUAAUCUAUCAGCCGGAGGGACCGGGACACGGUAUGGCGCCCAGUCAGAGCAGCUACCGCCAGAUGAACGAACGGGCCAAUCGGGCAGCCCGACUCCUGGUGGCCGAGACCCACGGACGUUUCUUGCAGCCCAACAGCGACGGUGACUUCAUUGUGGCCGUGUGCAUGCAGCCAUCGGAGGGACUGGUCACCACACUGUUGGCCAUCUGGAAGGCAGGUGGUGCCUACCUGCCCAUCGAUCCCAGCUUCCCAGCGAAUCGCAUCCACCACAUCCUGCUGGAGGCGAAGCCCACGCUGGUGGUCCGUGACGAUGACAUCGAUGCUGGCCGCUUCCAGGGCACACCCACGCUCUCUGCCACGGAACUGUAUGCCAAGUCCAUUCAGCUGCCCGGCUCCAAUCUGCUCUCGGAGGAGAUGCUCCGCGGCGGCAAUGACCACAUCGCCAUCGUGCUGUACACCUCAGGGAGCACUGGAGUGCCCAAGGGAGUGCGUCUGCCGCAUGAGAGCAUCCUGAAUCGCCUUCAGUGGCAGUGGGCAACCUUUCCGUACACGACCAACGAGGCAGUGAGCGUCUUUAAAACGGCCCUGACCUUCGUGGACUCCAUAGCCGAACUCUGGGGCCCGCUGAUGUGCGGUUUGGCCAUCCUCGUGGUGCCCAAGGCCGUGACCAAGGAUCCGCAGCGGCUGGUGGCCCUGCUGGAGCGUUACAAGAUCAGGCGUUUGGUGCUGGUGCCCACGCUUCUGCGUUCGAUGCUGAUGUACCUCAAGAUGGAGGGCGGCGGAGCGGCACAAAAGCUGCUGUACAACCUCCAGAUCUGGGUGUGCUCGGGCGAACCCCUCUCCGUGUCUCUGGCCAGCAGUUUCUUUGAUUAUUUUGACGAGGGCGUUCACCGUCUAUACAACUUUUACGGCUCCACCGAGGUAAUGGGCGAUGUCACCUACUUUGCCUGCGAGAGCAAGAAGCAACUAAGCUUGUACGACAAUGUGCCCAUCGGCAUUCCCGUGUCCAACACUGUGGUAUAUCUGCUGGAUACCGACUAUCGUCCCGUGAAGAACGGCGAGAUCGGGGAGAUCUUUGCUUCGGGACUUAACUUGGCCGCUGGCUAUGUCAACGGACGCGAUCCAGAGCGCUUCCUGGAGAAUCCGCUGGCCGUGGAGAAGAAAUAUGCCCGUUUGUAUCGCACCGGAGACUACGGAUCCCUGAAGAACGGCAGCAUUAUGUACGAGGGCCGCACGGACUCCCAGGUUAAGAUUCGUGGACAUCGCGUAGAUCUUUCCGAGGUGGAGAAGAACGUGGCUGAGCUGCCGCUGGUGGAGAAGGCCAUCGUCCUGUGCUACCAUGCCGGACAGGUCGACCAGGCUAUUCUGGCCUUUGUUAAGCUGCGCGACGACGCUCCAAUGGUGACGGAGAUGCAGAUGGAGGCGCGCCUCAAGGACAAGCUAGCCGAUUACAUGACGCCCCAGGUAGUGAUUCUAGAGCAUGUCCCACUUUUGGUAAACGGCAAAGUAGACCGUCAGGCGCUUCUCAAGACCUAUGAGACGACCAAUAACAACGAGGGCGACUCUAGCAUUGUCCUGGACUUUGAUUACUCCCAAGUUCCCGAGGAUCUGAAGCUCACGGCUCGCGAUCUCUUCGAGACAGUGGGCGGGGUGAUUGGGCGUUCCACCAGAGCGACCUUGGCUCCCCACAGCAACUUUUACGAGCUGGGCGGCAACUCUCUGAACUCCAUUUUCACGGUGACCCUGCUGCGGGAGAAGGGCUACAACAUUGGUAUAUCCGAGUUUAUAGCGGCCAAGAAUCUGGGCGAGAUCAUUGAGAAAAUGGCGGCCAACCAUGAUGCCGUGCAGUUGGAGGAGGAGUCUCUAAAUGCCUGUCCGCACCUGAAGAUGGAGGCGGUGCCCUUGCGCCUAGAGCACCGCCAGGAAGUCAUCGACAUCAUUGUGGCCAGCUUUUAUAACAAGGCGGACUUGGAGCAGUGGCUUAAGCCUGGUGUUUUACGGACCGAUUAUAGCGAUAUAUUGAAUGACAUCUGGAAUGUGUUGGUGGAGAGGGACCUGAGCUUUGUCGUCUACGAUCGCAACACUGAUCGCAUUAUUGGCACAGCCCUGAACUUUGAUGCGCGGAACGAGCCCGAGGUGGACAUCAAGUCCAAGCUGCUCAUCGUCUUCGAGUUUCUUGAAUUCUGCGAAGGUCCCAUUCGGGACAACUACCUGCCCAAGGGCCUGAACCAGAUCCUGCACUCGUUCAUGAUGGGCACCGCCGAGAAACUGAAUCCCCGCGAAAACAUCGCCUGCAUGCACUUCAUGGAGCACGAAGUACUGCGAGUGGCCCGCGAGAAGCAGUUCGCCGGCAUCUUCACCACCAACACCAGCCCCCUGACGCAACAGCUGGCCGACGUCUAUCACUACAAGACGCUCCUCAAUUUCCAGGUGAACGAGUACGUGCAGUCUGACGGCACCCGUCCCUUCGGGGAUGCGCCGGACGAGCAGCGCGCCAUCGUCCACUGGAAGGAGGUGGGCAAGUAGGACGGAAGGACGAUCGCCUCGUCACCAAACCAGAUCUGCAGCGAAUUUAUCACGCACCACGUAUUAUAUUUAACUAGCAUUAGGUAAUGCCUACCACCUAGUAUUAGCCCUAGGCAUAGUGUAACAAAGCGAUAAGUUUCGUAAGUUUGUGUUGACUAGUUGUAAGCUUCCGAUUUCAAGACA